AUGCUCGCCACAUCGAUAACAGCGCACGAGCCACAAGGCAAAACGGAUGGAGCCACAGCGGCAAUGGAAAUACCUCGCACAAAAAUCGCGACUGGCACAUCCGGCACACCUCUCUCGCCGUUCUCUCGCUCGUUCGGCGUACUAGUGGACGACGUGUCCGGUUGCGCGUAUGACAGCACAAAUACAGACACAGCAUGUGAUUUGAGCUGCGAGGUAGUUUCGGAAGAGAGUCUGUCCAUGUCAGUCGAUGAUAGUAACAGCAACAACAACAGCUACGCUCUCACUGAUUACCUCCCGCGACUGGAAGAAGACUUCUGCAGAAAUUUUACAUGCUGCGGUGUUUACCUGGAUAAUUUGCACCAGCUGCAGAACCAUUACGAAGCCGAGCACAAGCAGGUGCAGCGGGGGAAUGUGGAUAAAGUCGAGCAGACCGACGAGGGGGGUGAUGACAUGAGCAUGAGCAACAUGAGCAACAUGAGUAGCCGGAGCAGCACGAGCAGUGGUAACUCACAAGGCGCUGUCAGCACACCCGCCAGUUCAAUACACAGCGAUAUACAGUCUCAUAAGCUCAGAUUGUCGCAGGCACAUAGCCCACUCACAGCCAGCUCCAGCUCCAGCUCCAGCAUCAGCAUGCCUGGUACGCCGAUGAUGGAUAUGGAGAUGGAUUUCGGAGUCAGAGUCGCAGGUGCUGUCGACAACGCCUACUCACCUGCUGUGCCGAGGAGCUUCAGUGGGUGCAUUACUCCGCACAUGCUCCAUCCAGCGGCUAUGGCUAGGCAGCAGAGUCAGAGUCAGAGUCAGCAUCAGCAGCUCCACCACCAGCAACCCUCUCAUCCACACAAAUCUGUACCCGUUAGCAUGUCUAGCCCAUUAUCUGGGUUCUACGCUCAGCCUCCGCUUGCACCGCAGCCAAACGCGGGUCGCAGAGGUCCAUUCGCUUCCCUCCAGCCGCAGCCCGCGCGCUCGACCACAUCGACUGCUGCUAGUGUAAAAGGCUUGUCUAACCAGAGCAAUAUGAGCAACACCAACACACAUAUACCCUUCACAGCCGCAGUUCAUCCCCCAGCAAAUCCACAGGAGGAGAAGGACAGAGACAAGCCAUACAAGUGUCCAAUUCCGGGCUGUAAUAAGGCAUACAAACAACAAAACGGUUUGAAAUAUCACAGAUCUAAGGGUCAGUGCUCAUUCCAGCAGCAGAAGCAUAAUCAGGCGCAAAGUCGCGAACAUCAGCUUAUUUUUUCGUGA